AUGCUUUCCAAACAAGACGUAAAAUUUAAACCUUAUACCAACGGAAUAAAGUCCGAUGAUAAAAAGAAAUAUAAUGAGAAAAAAUUAAAUAAAUGUUCCGAUGAUGAAAUAGUAUUGGAAUUUGGAGGACCAUGGGGAGUUACAGCGAUGAUGAUUGGGUUUCCAUUAUUAAUGUUUUAUCUUUGGGGAUGUUUACAAUUUUAUCGUGGUAAAUUAGUAUCACCAUUAGAAAAUGAAUUAUGGUCAAAAAUAGUAAUAGAAGCAUGGCCAACUUGGUACGCUACUAAAAUUUACGUUACGUUUUGUUUAUUUGAACUUUUUUUGGCAUCUUUUAUGCCAGGACCAAUUGUCAAAGGAGCUCCUGUGGUUUCAUUAAAAGGAAAACAAUUGGAUUAUUUAUGUAACGGAGUGACAUCUUUAUACGCUACUUUGAUUACUUCUUACCUACUGCAUCAUUAUGGUUAUUUUAGAUUAACUGAAAUUAUUGAUAAUCUUGGUCCUUUGAUGACCGUGGCCAUUAUUACUGGAUAUGUAAUUACCUUUAGUGUUUAUAUUGUAACAAUUAUUCAAGGAAAUCAAUAUCGUAUGUCUGGUUAUUUAAUGUAUGAUCUUUUUAUGGGAGCUGCUUUAAAUCCGCGACUUGGCAGAGUUGACCUUAAAUUAUUUGCUGAAAUUCGCAUUCCUUGGGUUAUGCUGUUUUAUAUCUCUGUGUCUGCUGCAAUUAAUGAACAUGAGAUGUUCGGAUAUGUAUCUGCACCUAUGGCAUUUUUGGUCCUGGCGCAUUUCUUGUAUGUUAAUGCUUGUGCCAAGGGUGAAGAAUGCAUUCCAACCACCUGGGAUAUAACAUAUGAAAAGUUUGGAUAUAUGCUGAUUUUCUGGAACUUUGCCGGAGUACCAUUCACAUAUUGUUUUGGAACAGUAUAUCUUCAUAUUUUCAAUAUCGAUAAUGGAAAGCCGAUUCAUCAUGUCCCAGGAUGGACUUACUUCUGUUAUGCAUUAUUAAUAUCAGGUUAUUAUAUUUGGGAUACUGCAAAUUCACAAAAAAAUCGGUUCAGAAUGAUAAAAAAUGGAGCGUACAUUCCACGUUAUACAUUCCCACAAUUACCAUGGGGUACCUUAGACAAUCCUUCAUAUAUUAAAACUAAGCAAGGAAAUUUGUUAUUAACGGGAGGAUGGUGGGGUAUUGCACGUAAAAUUCAUUAUACGGCGGAUUUAAUGAUGGCAUUCUCUUGGGGUUUCAUUUGUGGUUUUAAUACUUUAAUACCAUAUUUUUACCCUAUAUUUUUUGUCGUGGUAUUGGUUCAUAGAGUUACCAGAGAUAUGGAAAGAUGUGCUAGGAAAUACGGUAAAGAUUGGGAUGAAUAUUGUCGUCAGGUUCCUUAUAUAUUUAUUCCUG